CUUACCUUAGGUGUAUGUAUGUACCUAACAUAUAAAACUUCGUCUCAUUAACCUAAGGGAGUGGUUACCUCACUGCUACCCCCUUUUAUUACCUAGCGGCAAAAAGUUUAUCGAUUUGCGCCUCUAGUCAGGAACGAAGGGACCCACACCAUUACCAGCUCCGAUUUAGUCCAUCUAAAAUCCGAGCCCAGUAAAAAUUCCCAAUCCCCCAAUCGAGAAUCAAGCCAUCCCCACGCCGCGACUCGCGAAAUUGCAUAUCAAAGCCGACCCUGGACCCGUAGGAAGAUCAACAAAUUUCUCCCUUUUAUUUGUUGCCAUCGCCCUCUCUUUUGCGGUUCUUCCCAAUUCUUGCGCUUCCGUUCUUUGCAUUCCGAUCGUUUUCAAGAUGGAUGUCGUGCUUGAAAUCGCAGAUACCUUCGCGGGAGACUACAUUUACUCCCAAUUGCUUCCAUUACAGCCGGUUGCUCCCCAUGAUCUUCCAGAUGUCGGUACCAACUCCACACAGGUUCUGUCAUCAUGGCAAUUCAAGUCGGCGAACCCUUAUUUCCAAUUCGAACCCAGCGAAUAUGCAUACAUGAGCGCCUGGGAUAGAGAUAACCCGUAUCGCCAAAGCAUAUCAUUAUUCUUCAUCACAUGGAUCUUUGGCUUCCUCUUAUACUUUCUAUUUUCGACCCUAUCCUACAUCUUUGUCUUCGAUAAGAAAACAUUCCAGCACCCCAAGUAUCUUAAGAACCAGAUGCGGCAUGAGAUCAAUCAGACCAUGAGGUCGAUGCCCAUCAUGUCGGCCCUGACCGUUCCCUUCUGGCUUGCCGACGUUCGUGGUUAUACCAAGCUAUACGAUACCCCCGCCGAUGGACCCGGUAUGUGGUACGAGAUCUUGCAGUACCCCUUCUUCGUCUUGUUCACCGACGCCUGCAUCUACUUGAUUCAUCGUGGCCUACACCACCCGUUGAUUUACAAGCACCUGCACAAGCCUCACCACAAGUGGAUCAUGCCUACUCCUUACGCUUCCUACGCUUUCCACCCCGUUGACGGCUGGUCGCAAUCGCUCCCGUACCACAUCUUCCCCAUCUUGUUCCCGUUGAAUAAGUUUGCGUCUGUUGCCUUCUUCGUCUUCAUCAACUUCUGGACCAUCAUGAUCCACGACGGCGAGUAUAUGGCUAACAGCCCCGUUAUCAACGGUGCCGCCUGCCACACGAUGCAUCAUCUGUACUUCAACUACAACUAUGGCCAGUAUACCACCUUGUGGGAUAGGCUCGGCAAGAGUUACCGCAAGCCCGACCCCGACCUAUUCCAGAAGGAGAAGAAGAUGGGCGAGGCGCAAUGGAGGGCGCAGGUCAAGGAGAUGGAAAAGAUCGUGAAAGAGGUCGAGGGCGAAGACGACCGCAGCUACGAUGCCGGAAAGGUCAAGAAGAACAACUAGGCACUUCGAUUAUUGUUUAGACGCGGUAUUUUAUCUUCGUCGAUGCGCAAGGAUCAGCUUUCCGGGGAUAACUGGAAAGGGAUGCCUUGCCUUUUGCAAAAAAAGAACGAGCGCGAUGUUGUGCGAUACGGAGAUUUAAUUAGUGCUAGUUGCACGGCAGAGUAUUGUAUAUAAUAGGCAGAAUGCUGGGCCUCUAAUGAUGUGACGGCGUUCGGGAUAUCUAGAAAAGAGGAUUCGGAAUCAAUUCCAUUCCGACUCGAAACUCGAAGCCGAGUUGUGGGCUUCGUAGAUGGAAAGAAGAGACGACUCUUGUCCCGUCGCUGCCUCGAAAAAUAAUGGACUGAUGGAUAUACUACAUUAUAUAAUGACCCAAAUAAACCUAAUGUUUUCUAUGAA